UACGCUUCUUAACCAACCACGCGGAUCAAAGCCAACCCCAUCACAAACAGUCACCAACUAUAAAUAAAACCCCACUUUCACCCCAAUCCCCAUUGUCUUCAAUAAUUGUCUCUCUAAUUUCAGAUAAGAUAAACUAAGGUUGAUUGAAAAUGUCGGGUCGUGGAAAGGGAGGAAAAGGGUUAGGAAAGGGAGGAGCAAAACGACACCGUAAAGUCCUUAGAGAUAACAUUCAAGGUAUCACUAAGCCUGCUAUUAGGCGUUUGGCACGUAGAGGAGGAGUGAAGCGUAUAAGUGGGCUUAUAUAUGAGGAGACACGUGGCGUGCUGAAGAUAUUCUUGGAGAAUGUGAUACGUGAUGCUGUUACUUACACUGAGCAUGCUAGGAGGAAGACUGUUACUGCUAUGGAUGUUGUUUAUGCUCUUAAGAGGCAAGGAAGGACUCUCUAUGGUUUUGGUGGUUGAGGGUAGAUUUGGUGCAGACUUUUGUUUUCGUCUGCAAAAGUCUUGCUGUCAAGAAAAGAAACAAUUGUAUUAAAGGGUUAGUAAGGGAUAUGGAUUCUUGUUUUUGCCUUUUGGGUUUGUGUUGGUGUAAUUAGUAUGGUUUCUGUAGGGGACAUGGCUGUGUAACUGUGUUAUAGUAGUAGUACUGGUUCUUUUGUAAGGUCGUAAAUCUUGUUUCAGAACUACUGAAAUUUGCCAUAAUUCAACGACUGCUAUUGACUGGUUCA